CUGCCCCAAGCAAGCACAGGCUCCCCAGCCCCAGGAGCCCUGGUGGGGAAAGGGCCCACCUGGGCCAACCCUACGGAGACCAUGGGAUCCACAGAAAAAAAACCCCCUGCAGCAUUUGACUGGUUCUUCGAAGCAAGCCGCCCCCACUCCCUGGAGGAUGAUCCCCAGAUCCUGUGGCAGUUUCCUCCAGACUUCCGGGAACAGGAGGCCAUGCAGAUGGUGCCCAAGUUCUGUUUCCCUUUUGACACAGAAAGGGAGCCGCCCAGCCCUGCAGUCCAGCAUUUCACCUUUGCUCUCACUGACCUGGCCGGCAACCGUAGAUUCGGCUUCUGCCGCCUGCGGGCCGGCGCCUGGAGUUGCCUCUGCAUCCUCAGCCACCUUCCCUGGUUUGAAGUGUUCUACAAGAUCCUCAAUACUGUGGGGGACCUCCUAGCCCAGAACCAAGUCUCAGAGGCUGAAGAACUCCUACAGAACUUGCAGCGACACCCUCUUCCUGAACCAGGGUUUUCAGGGGAACCAGAGAUGGGCAGCAGCUCGAUCAUCUGGAACAAGUGUGGGAUCCUGCCUCCUACUCUGGGAAAUAGCAAGUUGCUUUCUUGUUUUGUGGCCCCGGAUUCUGCCGGCCUGCCGUCUAUUCCCGAGAACAGGAAUCUCACGGAGCUGGUGGUCGCCGUUACGGAUGAGAACAUCGUGGGGCUCUUCGCGGCGCUGCUGGCUGAGAGGAGGGUCUUGCUCACCGCCAGCAAGCUCAGCACUCUGACAGCCUGCGUUCAUGCAUCCUGCGCUUUGCUCUACCCCAUGCGCUGGGAGCACGUCUUGAUCCCCACACUACCCCCGCACCUGCUGGAUUACUGCUGUGCGCCCAUGCCCUACCUCAUCGGAGUCCACGCCAGUCUUUCUGAGAGAGUUCGGGAGAAAGCAUUGGAAGAUGUCGUGGUGUUGAAUGCCGAUUCUAACACGCUGGAGACACCGUUUGACGACAUGCAAGCACUGCCCCCAGACGUAGUGUCCCUGCUGAGGCUUCGGCUAAGGAAGGUGGCGCUGAGUCCCGGGGAAGGGGUGUCCCGUCUCUUCCUCAAAGCCCAGGCUCUGCUCUUUGGAGGGUACCGCGACGCGCUUGUCUGCAUCCCGGGUCAGCCAGUGACCUUCAGUGAAGAAGCCUUCUUGGCUCAGAAGCCGGGGUCGCCGCUGCAGACCUUCCACAAGAGGGCAGUGCACCUGCAGCUGUUCAAGCAGUUCAUCGAAACCCGACUGGAGAAACUCAAUGCUGGGGAAGGCUUCUCAGACCAAUUCGAGCAAGAGAUUGUUGCCUGCUGUGGGGCUUCCUCAGGCGCCCUUCGCUCCUACCAGCUCUGGGUAGAGAGUCUUAAGAAAGGUGGUGAUGCCCUCCUGCAUUCAAUGAAGGCCAAAACCCGACCAGCUGUCAGGAACAUGUACCGAUCGGCGAAGAGUGGCCUGAAGGGGGUGCAGAACCUGCUUAUGAUUAAGGAUGGAGACUCUGGCCUUCAGAGGGGGGGCUCCCUGAGAACCCCGAGCCUCAUCAGCCGCUCAGAUCGCCUGCAACAGCGCCUGCCUAUCAGCCAGCACUUUGGGCAGAACAGACCCCUCCGCCCUAGCAGGAGAUUCAGGCGGGAAGGGGUACCUUCCCAACCCCUCGGGGAGAGAUCAGGAUGUCCAUCCUCAAUCCAGGAGUCCUACCUUGAGCCCCAAGGACACCCAGAGUCCCUGGGCAGAGGAAACUCUAGAUGGCAGCUUCCUGGGGUCUGGAGAACUGGAUCUGUUAAGCGAGAUUUUAGACAGUCUGAGCGUGGAAACCAAAAGUGGUGGCGGGCUGAGGGCCAGCCAGAGCUUGGACUGCUGCCAGCAGGGGGCGUCAGAGAGCUGCUUCAGCCUGGUAAGACCCUCACUGUGCCCUCCCAACCUGUCCCUUACCCACCUGACCUCAACCACCCUCUGACCUGCUCUUCCCAGCCUGACAGCCCAGCGAGGUCACCAUGGCAACUAGAAGAUGAUGCGCAAUCCCUGGAAGCCCAGCCCUGGUCCUUGCCAGAGGACCUGCCGUCUCUACAGGACACCCCAUCUUUAGAGGUGGCAAGCUAUUACAAGAACUGUUCUAAGUCACCUUCAGACAUCUCUCCUCCGGCAUCUUCAACCACUUCAGUAGUCCCAAGCAGCCGAGAACCCGAAUGUUCUGCUCCCACCGAGCUGGACCCUAGAAUCCCACAAAGCCCUUGCUCCAAGCUCCUCAUAGUGCCCACUCAGCCCAGCCCCCAAGAGAGCCGGCAACUUCUUGCCUCCACAGAGCACAACCCUGACACUGUCGGGACAUUACAACCCAUUCAGUCUCCCUCACACCUCAGUUCUCCAGAGAGCCCCAGAAACCAGCCUCUCCAGGUCCUGAGUGAUCAGACUCGAGCCCAAACCCUCAAGGAGCUGGGAGUAACCAACCGGCAGGGGCCCCCAGUCAGGCAGCCUCGCGUGGCUGAACUGAAAAAGUGUUUUGAAAAGUAAGAACAAGGGUGCAGAGGCACCCAGCUCCCAAUAAAGCUGAUUUUAUUCUC